CUUCAAUCACUUGAACAUUUAUACGGUCAUAAUAAAUAGCGUUAGGUAAAAUAGCAGCAUAGGAGUCUCUGUUGAGGCGACCCCAGUCCUGCUCCUCUUCCCCUGCACCUGUUCCAACCAUUCGUCAUCCCCGCUAUCUUCACUGAUUGGAGCUUUCGCCUUGCCUUUCUUUAAUCCAUUCUUCAGUCUUCGUUUCUCUGUUCUCAGUAAUAGAAAUGCCAGAUCUUCGGUAGCUUGAUCUGUCGGGCCGGUGAGAUCCAUUUGGAUGGUAGAUCCACCUCCGGAGAAGCUUAUCGUCACUCUCGCAACUCCACUAGUGCUGACUAGUUAGGGGAUCUCUAGCUCGCUUGCUCCCCGACCUCUGGUUCAUCUCUAGGUUCGAAGCUUGGAAGUGAGGAUGAUGAUGCGAAGGCUGGCUUGCUGUCGUCGCAGAACCAAAGACUUCAGCAUAGACCUUGAUGAGCAUGACAGGGUGAUGACCUAUAGUGGACUUGAGAGCUGCAUUCUGAACAGCUGCUCCUAUGACGAUGAGAGCGGGGGCAGCGGCAUGAGCCGAAGCGAAGGCUGUGCUGUGACGGACUCGUUGGACGAGGACUGUGCAAGCUGUUCGUCUAGCAAGGAGACCUCGAGAUCCUCUUUCUCCUCGCUGUGUGUGGUAUCGAGAAAGCAAGAUGAAGAGCAUUUGCUCGAAGAGAUGGCGACCAACUAUCAUAACCUCCGUCUUUGCAAAAGAGGAAAAAUACCAAUUGCUUGCACCAUGCAUCAUCUUGAUGUUCAGAUCAUGAGGGAAAGAUUUGCAAAAUUGCUGCUUGGGGAUGAUACUUCUGGGGGUUCUAAGGGGAUAAGCGCUGCUUUGGCACUCUCCAAGGCUAUCACUAGCCUAUCAGUAUCUGUAUUCGGCGAGCUCUGGAAACUUGAACCUUUACCUGAAGAAAGAAAGAACAGAUGGCGCAGAGAAAUGGACUGGUUGCUUUCUCCAACUAGCUACAUGGUGGAGCUGGUGCCUGCAAAGCAACGUGGAUCCAGUGGUAAAAUGUUAGAGAUUAUGACCCCCAAAGCUCGGUCAGACAUUCACGUCAAUCUUCCUGCUCUUCAAAAACUAGAUUCUAUGCUUAUUGAUGUUUUAGACUCAAUGGUAGAUACAGAGUUCUGGUAUGUUGAAGGAGGUAACAAAGGUGAUGGCCGCACUAGCGGCGGCAAGAGGUGGUGGCUUCCUUCACCAAGGGUUCCGGAGUAUGGGCUUUCACCAAUUCUGAGAAAAAGGCUUGGCAUUCGGGCGAAACUUGUGAAUCAGGUUCUGAAGGCUGCUAUAUCUAUUAAUGAACAAAUAUUACUUCAAAUGCCCAUACCUGAAGCUGUGACAGAUGCCCUCCCAAAGUCGGGAAGAGCAAGCCUAGGGGAGGAGAUAUACCGAUUGAUUACUGCUGCACCCUACUCCUUUGAGGAAACAUUACUUUCUAUGAAUUUAAAAGCUGAACAUUCUGUUCUUGAAGCAUUAAACCGGUUAGAGGGCGCCUUGUUUGCCUGGAAGCAGAAGAUUUCUGAUGAGGAAAUCAAAAGAUCACCAAUCCAUUAUCCCUGGAACUUCGUGAGGGAUAGUGGAUCUGUUGUUGGAAAAAUUGAGGUGUGGAUCGAAAGAGCAGAGAUGCUUGUUAAAUUACUGAAGAACAGAUUCCCAAAUCUGCCUCAAACCUUCAUAGAAGUCACCAAGAUUCAAUACAACAAGGACGUCGGCCACUCCAUAUUAGAGGCUUAUUCCAAGGUUAUUAUGAACCUAGCGUUCAAAAUACUCUCAAGGAUCGGAGAUAUUCUUCAAGAGGAUGAUAUGAAGAAGCCAUCCACUCCAAUCGCAACACUAAAGUUUGAUUUCUUGUCUGAUGUUUAUCUUGCUGGCAUAAAGGAGACUCCACCCGGUAAUCUAAGGCGUUCUCUCAUUAAUCAGAUGAAUAAUGUUGAUGGAAGAGAAUUUGAGAAGCUGAACUGUGACUGAAACUAAUCCAUCUGGUAGCAGAGCCUUCUCCCACAGAAAUUAUGCUUGUUGGUAUGUAUUUUUGAUCAACAUGACAAACUUGAGUUUUUUAUUUGUGUAUUUAUUGUAUAUUUGAUGAUAUUUCUCCAUCUUCAACAAUCAAAAUUUUGCAAAAGGAAUGAAAUGUAUGAUGCACGUUUGGGAUGGCAGUAAUGGCUGCCUUGCCUUGAAUUGAGUGUGAUAUUGGUGCUAGAUGUAGAUGUGAUUCAACAUUU